AUGCCUGUGGCAUUUGAAAAGAAUCGUCAAAUGGACCUGAAAUUCAUGGAUCCUACUAUGAGGGUUUUUCGUUCGACUCCUCCUCCAGGCAACAAGGAUUUUUUGGCUUGGCUUGACAAGGUUCAAGCAAAGAAACACCAAAGGUGGGAGGAAUUGGGGAUCUUCGACGCCAUCCAGUUAUCAAGGAUUGCCCAUAGGGUAUACCCUAGCAUGCUGCUCGUCUCAAUCUUCUUCUGGGAGGGUUCGACCAACACCUUCUACUUCCCUUGUGGGAUGAUGACUCCCACUCUCUUCGACAUGGAUUCUAUUACAGGGCUUUCGCCUCUAGGGGAAAUCUUCAACCCAACCCUUCCGACAGAGAUGGAGUUCAACUUUGGCAAUGCCACCAUCACAAAGUACAUCCUAGAGCAUCACAUCAAGGACUCGACUAAAGUCUAUAACGAAGAGCAUUUGGCUUUCCUCACCUACUGGUUAUCAUACUAUCUGUUUUGCCAUGGAUCCCUCCAGAUUGCAAAAUCCUACACCCCGAUGGCUAUUCAAAUUCAUGAAGGUCGAAAGAUCUCUCUAGGUAAGCUCUUACUAGUAUACCUUUAUCAAAAUCUAGGUCUAGCUUUUUUAAGGCUAAAACACCUUCAUGAAACCACCAAACAACUCUCCUUAUCAGGCCCCUACUGGCUUUUACAACACUGGCUAAAUGUCACUUUCGAAUCUCACAUUGGUUUCACCAUCUCACCAGCCAUUCUUGAAUUUAUGCACGAUCGGAGAGUCGAAGGCAUCAAACUGGCUUUGCAGACUCCUUAG